CCGGAAUUGGCAUAUGUGAAUCACUUGUCAUUUGAGACUCCCAAAUUCAGACUUGAAGCAGACGAUGGCGGGGGAUCCUGCAUAUGAUUCAUACAUCGCGUCUCAAUGUCAUUUGCUUAUUGUUGUUUAGAUCAGAUCUGGCUUUAUUUCAGCUGAUGCGUGCUCUCAACAUCCAUCUCGCAGUUCCUUAAUCAACUUUCCGAUGGCAUCUGAUCUUAAAGGAAAAGCUCUUGUCCUCAUGGGUCCAAGUGGUGCCGGAAAGUCGACAAUAGGUGAGAUGCUCGGAAGAGCCAUUGAUGGUCACUUUGUUGAUGCCGACGAUUAUCACUCUCCUUCAAACAAAGUAUGCAGAAAAAAUGAGGAACGGGAUGGCAUUGACAGAGGAAGAUCGGGCUCCUUGGCUCGAGACACUGCGAGGCGUGGUAAGAGAGGGGUUAGCAAAGGGGGAAAGCAUGGUUCUUGCUUGCUCCGCUCUCCAAACACAGCACAGGGAAAGCCUGAGGUGCGCUGAUCCUGGUUAUCAGCCAGGCUCGGGCGGGGUGCGUGCUUGUUCAGUCAAGUUCGUUUUGCUGGAUGUAGGGGCCGAUGUUCUGGCUGGCAGGCUGAACAGAAGGGCGGCAGAAGGGAACCACUUCAUGCCUGCAAUGCUCUUACAAUCCCAGUUGGAUUUGCUUCACAUAGAUGAAUCGGAAGGCAUAUUCAAGGUUGAUGGAACUUUGACCCCUUCGGAUAUUGUGAGCAAGAUCCGAGCAUCCCUUUUCUCAUGAUUCAUUGAUUCUUAUCCUCUUAAAAAGUUCACUAUAUCUAUAUGCCUUUUCUUGCUCCAUGAACAACCACAUCCAACUUUUUCACUUUUAAUCCAUGCUAUAUUUUAUGUCUGGCCUUCAGUCAAUAAUUGUAAUAAUUUGGUGUAUCCAAAUUCCAAACCUGGCAUACGAUGUCUGGCCUUCACAUAAUUUAA